AAGGGGAGAGACGCAGUAGAGCCGAGUGGAGGUGGAGUCUGUAGGUGGGGAGGGAGAAGAAAGGGGAGAGGAGGAAAACGGGGAAAGGCAGAUACAACAGAAACGGGGGGAGGACGGUGGAUGAUUUACGCUUUAAAAGUUCCCUUACAACAAAUAUAAGAGUUGCGGCGAAGAGGAAUAAAACAAGAUGAUAACGCCCUACUUCCUAGAGAAUUUCUGGGGUGAAAAAAAUAAUGGCUUUGAUGUGCUCUACCAUAACAUGAAGCAUGGCCAAAUUUCCUCCAAGGAGCUGACAGACUUCAUCAGAGAAAGGAGUACGAUUGAAGAGGCCUAUGCCAGGUCUAUGACCAAACUUGCCAAGUCAGCUGGCAACUUUUCUCAGCUCGGGACUUUUGCACCAGUGUGGGAUGUGUUUAAGACCUCAACAGAGAAGCUCGCCAGCUGUCACAUGGAGCUAGUGAGGAAACUCCAGGAACUUAUAAAAGAGGUUCAGAAGUAUGUGGAAGAGCAGGCCAAAGCACACAAAAAGACAAAAGAGGAAGUGGCGUCCACCCUUGAGGCCGUGCAGAACAUCCAGACAACCUCUCAGGCCCUGCAGAAGUCCAAGGAGAUCUACAAUGCCAAAACUGUGGAGCAGGAGCGCCUCCGCAAAGAAGGGGCCACCCAGAGAGAUGUGGACAAGGCUGGAGUGAAAGCCAAAAAAGCCACAGAGACCUACAAGUCAUAUGUGGAGAAAUAUGCGACAGCUAAGUCAGAGUUUGAACAGAAGAUGGCAGAGACUGCGCAGAAAUUCCAAGACAUUGAAGAGAACCACAUUCUCCACAUGAAGGAGAUCAUCCAGUCGUACUCGCAGUCCGUCGACGAAACACACAUCCAAAUCGGAGAGCUCCACAAUGAAUUUGUGAGGAACAUCGAGAACACCUCAGUGGAGAGCUUAAUACACAAACUGGCCGAGAGCAAAGGAACGGGCAAGGAGAGACCAGGACCCAUUGAGUUUGAGGAGUGCAAUGCAGCUAUUGCUACUGAAGGUGCCAAACCCAGAAAGAGAAAGCCAUUUGGCAUCCCAGGUCGCAGGAAAGACAAAGACACAGACUCCACGGAGUCGACAGAAGUGGAAGCAGCUAACACUGCCAAUGGUGCUCCCCCUGGAUACUAUGGGGCCAUAGACAUCCAGAAUGCUAACGUUCCCCAAGUCGAUGCCGAGGGCUUCUGUAUCAGGCCGGAAGCAAAUGAAAACGAUGCCAAAGAGAAUUCCUUCUAUUCGUCCAGCGACUCAGAGGAUGAAGAUGAGCCCAGGAAGUUCCACGUAGAAAUCAAGCCCGUUAAGCCAAACAAUGGCACGCAUCAGAACCAAGCCACCAUCGACGAGCUCAAAGCCUCCAUUGGAAACAUCAUCCUGUCACCAACGACCUCGGGACAGAUGCGGAGGAACCAGUCCAGGUUCACAGGAGUACCUACAUUAAGCUCUAAGGCUCAGGGCCCUGGUGAUGAGCUGGCAAAACCCAGAGUGCCAACAUCAUAUGAACUGACCAACAACGACCUUCUGUCUCUGGACCCGUUCAGCCCGACUCUCGCACCAGGCUCCUCUUCCUCUGUUUCAUCAACAACAGACCUUGCCUCUGUCAUCCUUUUUAUCCCUCCAUCUCCAUCUUCUCUGAUGAAUGACUCCGAUGUCUUUCUGCCAGAGGCAUCAGCUGACACGGUGAUGCAACGGGAGCGCUCUCCUCCCCUGGCAGAGAGCCAACAAUCCAAAGAUGUCUCCUCUUUCUCCUCGUCCGCAUCCUCUCCCUGGGACUCACCAGAAAACCCUUUCCAAGCACUCAAGCCCGUACCAGCGAGGGCCCAGAGUGCCCCCAUCACCCUGCCGACCGAGCCAAUUGACCCCAUCAAAAGCCCGGCUGCUGCCAGCCCUCCAAAGAGCGUUGACGCCUUCUCCUCCGUGUCCUGGUCCCAGAGCCAGUGGAUCGCCUUCAGUGAUAAUUUCGUUCCAGCUCGCCGUCAGGGCUUGGGGUCAUCUGUGAAGGAGCUCCAGAGGCCUCCGUCAGGCUCUAGCAGGUCAAGUCGCUUCCUCUCUGAUGACUCUGGUGACGCCGACUGCAAAGCGCCAGGCAGCAAAGAAGACGGCAACCCCUGUUUCUCUGAUGGCUUCUCUGGGAUUACAGAUAGGCCGAUGGCAGCAGCUCCAUCAAGUAAACUAUUUAAUGUGCCAGUGCCAAACCGACCGACGACCCCACUGACAGCUGGAGCCCUGGUGCCCCCACCACGACCCUCCUCCAGGCCCAAACUCCCCACUGGAAAACUUACAGGAAUCAAUGAGAUUGUUCGGCCGUUCAGCCCACCCAAGACCUCUAACGCCAGCCCUCCUCCUGCCGCACCACUUGCCCGGGCAGAGAGUUCCUCCUCCUUGUCCUCGAAUGCCUCACUCAGUGCCGGCAACACCCCCACUGUUGGAGCUGAGCACACCUUUGCCCUUCCCCUCUCCUCCCCAGAGCCAGAGCUGCUCUCCCUCUCUCCUUUCUUUCUACUAAGCCAGAAGGAUGAUGUGUUCAUAGCGAAGCUGCCUACCUUUGAGAAGCGGUGUGAAACACCAGCAGGGACGUCUCGCGGUCCAAGCCCUGUGACCCUGGCAUCCCAAGAUGCUUUGCCCAUUGCCGUGGCCUUCACAGAAUCAGUUAAUGCUUACUUCAAAGGAGCUGAUCCUACUAAGUGUAUUGUGAAGAUCACAGGAGACAUGACCUUGUCAUUCCCCAUGGGUAUCAUCAAGGUCUUCACCACCAACCCCUCCCCGGCUGUGCUCACAUUCAAACUGAAGAACACCAGCAGGUUGGAGCAGAUCCUACCCAACCAACAGCUACUAUACAGUGAUCCUUCCCAAAGUGACUCAAAUUCCAAGGACUUCUGGUUCAACAUGCAAGCGCUGACGUCCUACCUCAGAAAAGCCUCAGAACAGAACCCUGCAGCUUCCUACUAUAAUGUGGACAUCCUAAAAUACCAGGUGCAGUCUGACGGGAUCCAUUCCACUCCUCUCAACCUGGCCAUAUACUGGAAGUGUACACCGAGUGCAUCAGAACUGCGGGUAGACUACCGCUACAACCCGGAGUCCAUGGCCAUCCCUGGUCCGCUUUCCAACGUGCAGAUCUUAGUGCCUGUUGAUGGAGGAGUCACCGGCAUGCAGUCUCUGCCCAACUCCAUCUGGAAUUCCGAGCAGAAUAAGUGUCUGUGGAAGCUGAGUGACAUCUCGGAAAAGUCUGAAAAUGAAGGCGCUGGGACCCUGAGGGCCAAGUUUGAACUGUCAGACGGUCCAUCAAGCCCCUCCACUCUAGCAGUACAGUUUAUGAAUGAGGGGAGCACCCUGUCAGGAGUGGACAUGGAGCUGCAGGGAACUGGAUACAGACUUUCUCUCAGCAAGAAGAGAUUUGCCACAGGACGUUAUAUGGCAGAUUGCUGAGGUGACCCACCACUCUGGUUUCAAGAAUAAAAAAAAUCUCUUAACACAAAAGCAACUUUGCAAGGCUUCCUGAACCUCUGGAUCCAUCUGAGCUUUUGCCCGGGAGGCGAGAAUCUCACUACAAUAAAACAGCACUGAGUACUGAACACUGUUAAAAAGAAAAAAGAAUAAAAGAAAACUAAGAUGAGCUUUCAGGAAAUGUGUAGAUAUGAAGUCUAAUAAUGCUUUCUGAUCAAUUCACUUUUGUAUAGAAACAAUUUAUGGAUUAGAUAUAAAUCUAUAUUGUAUUUGAAAUCAUAAAAAAAAGAAAAAAUAGUGCACUAACAAUCUUUCAGAUGCUCUUCUUCCUCUUAUAUUCAUUUUUCAAGAGCCUAUAAGGAAUAUAAAACAAAACCAUGUCCGCAUGGAAGAGAGGAAAAGGUUUCUCCCUCCAAACUGUAAAUAUUAACACUGAUUAUUCUGCUCGACCAGCUCUGACUCAUCACUCAAAUCAGUUUUGUUUACUGAUCUUUUCUUCUUCUACAAUUUGUCUUUUUUCAUCGUGUGCAAUGAAGCAAUGAAGGUAGAAUCUGUCUUCAGCAGUACUCACACACUUAUGGCACAAGCUUGAUCUCUUAAGAUAACAUUGAAGUGCUUUCAAACAAAUGCAAAAAAAAAUCUGACCUCAGUGCCUCUUCUUAUACUGUGGAUCAAUAAGGCAAAAAAAAAAAAAGAACGUCAAUGUUUUACCCAAAUUUGGGUUUCUAGAUUUAAGCUACAUUUCUCUGUGGUAAAAUGCACAGUUUCUUAAACAAUCACCCCUAAUGGGGUUUGUGAUCAGUGUAGUCUUUCUAAAAUUGAACUUUUUCCCUUGUAAAUUCCCCUUUCAGUCAUGGCUUGUAUUUUUUUUUACUUACAUUUUUAAGCCUUUAAUUUUUAUACUUUAUAAGAAAAAAAUAUCAGCAAUCUUUACUGUAAAACAUUGUGUCAAAUGUUGGAUACUUUAAAAAAAAUCAAGGGACAUUACCCCAAAUUUAACUUGUAGCCUUUUUUUAACUGGCAGUGUUUUCUUAAUCACACUUUUGUGCCCUAUUAAUGGAGAAAUGUGCCUGAAUCUAACUUUUCUCUAAACUUCUAACCCAUUUUUUUGUAUACUACAGCACAGUCAAUGAGAAUAGCACCAACAAUGUGCCAGUUGUGUUUUUUACGCCUUUUUAUUUGGAUGCUGAAGGGAAAAUGUCUCCUCUUUUUCAAACCAGACUGUCUUCCACAAAUGAAUGAGUCAUGUUUGCCUUCUGUGAUUUGAAUUUGAUCACCAAACUCUUUUAUAUCUUGUCUUUUUCCCUCAUGCGUCGGUUGACAUUAACUUCUUGAAUACUCACUGUGCAGUAGACGAUGUAAGUGAGCAGUAGCACAAUAAGGCCAAAUUAAUGAUCCAAAUGCCUUACCGCAACUACUCGACACUGAGUAAUCCAGUGUUGCUGACUGUGGUUAAAUAUUGUGACACAGAACUGCCAUUGCCCUGUGAUGGAUUACUGACCUGUCCUGCCUCUCUCCCGGUGCAUGCUGGGAUAAGCCUCUUGCAACUAUGAACAGCACAAAUGGGUAUAGAAAAUGGAUGGGUGGAUGGAAAAUUGCCACGUUUGACUCUUGGUGCUUCAUUCUUGUCUUUUACUAAUGAAGGCUGCUGCUGUAGAGGCUGUUGUACUUCUCCAUGGAGUAUUUUUAUGUUUUUCAUUGACCUCAACCAUGUAAUGAUCCUCAAAGAGUUAGUUUGGUAUUUUUCAACCUGGACCACAUUAUCCCAGGUUUUGGGGUCUCAGUGACUAAUGGGAGCAACCUUUUGAAACUGGUCCAGUAUUGAGCUAGAACACUACAGCUGACUGCGGCAAAACAGGUUGCAAUGUAACUACCAAAAGCAUGUUUGCACGAUCAAUUUACGUCCACCAAAAAUGCUUGCUUUUGCCACUGACAGGCUCAGGUCGUUAUUCUGUAAGGUAAGGAUCCCUACAGAGGUCGACCUUUUUGCUAAAGAGGAAGAUCCUUUUUGUUUAACUAGAAAUGGCCCAGAAAUCGCCAUCAUCAAACCCACCAGUCUCCAUUUAAAUAAACAGUAUUUAAAGCGUGUAUGUAAGCACCAUAUUUUCACACCUCACUGGGUGAAUUAAGGGUUUAUUUCGAUCAAUCCAGAGUUUUUGAUUGUUGGAAGUAUGGAAAGACCAGCCAAGACGGUUUUGUGAUUUUAUUUUGUUUUUGAUGACUUUGAAUGAAGUGUGUUUUACGAUAAAAUCACUGUUUAAAAGAGUUUUGGGGGUCGGCAAUAGAAAUUUUAGGGCUGUUGCUGGUUAAACAAAAAGGUCUGCCUCUGUAGGGAUCCUUUCCAUAAUGUUGUCAGCCUCCUAAAAUAACUGUCUAAGCCUGUCAAAACAAACACAUAGUGGAAGUACAUUGACAGUGCGAGUUUCAAAAACUGUGUAUCUCAUUAGUCACUUAGAAACAAAGCAUGGAGAAAAAAAGGGGUCCAGGUUGAAAAAUAUCAAACUUACCCUUUAAAUUGGUUAACAUGCUGGUAUGUGACUUGUCUGGAGAUGCAUCUAGUUGUGUGGAAGCUGUGAUUGAAAUUUGAUGAAACUUUUUGGGGCAGGAGUAACCCUAACCUGUUUCAUACACUGUGCAUCAUGUUGCCAACUGACCUCUCAGAUAAGAUUUUAGAGAAUAACUUUUCACAUCAGGCUUAUUUUUUACUGUCCGCUGUGCUAUAGAACAUUGUAAUUUGUGAGCUGACUGGUUCGUUGGUGAUUUAAACUCAUAUCCAUACUUGAUUCAUCCAGUGUCGUAUGUGGAAACUGAUCGUGUAUUUGUUUUUCAUUCAUCAUAUCUGGCCGGGAUGAUUAUCACCAGAUUUUAAUGUUUUUAAUGUUUUGUAUGAUUCUGGUUUAAGACUCAAGCCUUUGAUAAUGACCUAGAAAUUAAUCCUAAAUGGAUAAUCGAAAUGUCCAUUUGUGUCUGUUGAAGCUAAUUUUGUAUCUCACUCUGAACUAUAAUCAGCCAAAUGUUUGAAGGUCUUUUAAACAAUUGAGUUUACAUAAAAUCCUGAAAUUGUAGCACCAGACAUUUGUACAGAGAGAAACCAACAUGUCACUUUGUGUUUUCUCUUAAUGAAUUAUAUCAGCGGUUUUGAUCAGAUGAGGCGAAUGCAUUAAAAAACAGACACAGGUUCUGUAAUUGUAUUCAGUAAAGCAAGCUGGUUCUUGCUGUCCCUACAAAACUCACACAAAAUAAACUUACAAGGCUCCUUUCUUCCCGUCACUUUCACAUCCUUUCUGUCUUUGUAUGUUGUAUUAAACAGAGUUUAAAGAGAGCAAAACUGUGUAAAUGAUUCUCAUAAAUUGUACAUUUUUACCAAUAUCUCAGCCACUUUUUGUCUCUACUUUAUGAUUUCUCAUCGUGCCUGUAUUAAAUGUGUAAUAUAUGAAUAUAUACAAAUAUAUUAAAAUGA